AUGGUUCGCACCGUAGAGGACGCCGCCCUGACAAUGAACGCCAUCGCCGGGCCAGAUCCCCGCGACCACGUUACCGCCAAUGUGCCAGUGCCCGACUACACAGCCGCGCUUACCGGCGACGUGCGGGGCCUGCGCAUCGGUGUGGUGAAAGAGUAUUUCGACGGGCCCAUCGACUCUCAGUACGCCCAGGCCAUCAGCAACGUCAUCCUCAGCGCCGAGGCCACCGCCGCGCAUCGCGACAUUCUGCUCAGCGAUGGCGACAAGCUCUACCCGCAGGUGCGAGACCGCCUGGAAGAAGGCCUGUUCAUCUCAGCCGGCGAAUAUCUGCGCGCCCAACAAUCCCGGCAGGUUUUUUGCCGGCAGGUUGCCGACCUGCUGAAAAACGUCGACCUUCUGGCUGGCCCGGUGGAACCGGUAACGGCGCCGGUAAUUCUGGAACGCCGCAUCGACAUCGACGGCGAAUCGGUGCCGGCCGUGCCGCUGCUGACCCGUUACACCCGGGUUUACAACAUCACCGGCUCCCCGGCCAUCUCAGUGCCGUGCGGGUUCGCGGAUGAUGGCCUGCCGGCAGGAUUGCACCUGGCGGGUCGCAACUUCGACGAAUCAACCGUGCUACGGGCUGCCUACGCCUACCAGCAGGCCACCGACUGGCACAAUCAACGGCCACCCCUGUAA